AUGUACAGCGGAGCUCUCAGUCUGGGUAUCCAGCCAGCUCUAGACCCCAACGAUGGUCGUGCUCAAGGCAUAUUCCGCCUCCUUCGCUCUGUUGAUGCCAAAACGCAGACGCGUUCUUCGGCUCGAAUCAAUCGCUAUGACAGGGACACUGCGAGACCAAACUACCACAUCCUUUCGAAUACAGCGGUAUCGCGCAUUCUGUUCGAGAAAGUCACCGCUGGAGGCGUGGAGUAUAUUGGUAUGACCAGUGGCGAGAAGCACACUGUCCGAGCGAGCAAAGAAGUCAUCAUAGCUGCUGGAAGCGUUCAUACGCCGCAGAUCCUACAAAUUUCUGGGAUUGGCGACACUGCUCAUCUGAAGAGCUUGGGUAUUGAGACUGUCUCAGAUCUCCCUGGUGUCGGUCGAAACCUGCAGGAUCAUCUGGUUCUGAAAGUGAAUUACAACUAUACAUCUAAUCACUUCCCGAAUGGCGGUUCAUUGCAGUCCAACGCCACGUACGCCACAGAACAACGCGCUCUCUACGACGCUGGAACAGCAAGCGCAUUCGACCUUACUGGUACAACUGGCAAUCUCAUGAUUCAGCUACCGCUUCCAAACUGGACAAACGACUCCGCAUCCAUCAUAUCUCGAGCGUCCUCUCUCUCGGCGAGCGAUGUGCUUGGUAGCGACGUGGACCCAUCAAUUCUCGCCGGGUAUGAAAGACAGCGUGCCAUCAUCCUCAAGGACAUCAACGUAGAGGCCGUGGGCGGUCUAUCAUGGAACACCGGCCCAGAAACAAGCAUCUACAUGACCCGCCCUCUCAGCCGUGGCUCUAUCAAGAUAAACUCAAUUAGCAUCCUUGACGCUCCACUCAUCGAUUACGGCGCGCUGACAGACCCAACCGACCUCGACAUGUUAUAUGCGAUCUAUAUGAAGAACCGCGAACUAAUGGCAACAUCUGAUAUUGCCAUUCUCGGUCCCAUAGAGACAGCACCCGCACCGGGCAUCAGCAAUGAGCAAGAUAUCAAGGAGAAGAUCAAAGCGACAUUGCAGCCAAGUAACGCGCAUCAGUGCUGCACUGCUGCUAUGGUGCCAAGAGAAGAUGGCGGGGUCGUUGACCCACAGAAUAGAGUCUAUGGCACGUUCGGACUCAGUGUGGUGGAUGCGAGUACGUGGCCGCUUGUUGCUGGUGGUGGGCCGCAGGCUAGUGUUUAUGCUGGAGCUGAGAAGGCUGCUGAUAUGAUCAAGAAGCGUCACGCUCACGCCCUCGCCUCCGCGGGCGCGUCCAAAGUAUACAUCCUCGGGCGCCGCGAAGACAAACUUUCCACCGCAGCCUCUCAACACGAAAACAUCAUCCCAAUCCAAUGCGAUAUCACAUCCAAAGAGUCCCUGCAAGCCGCCGUGGACUUCAUCACCCAAGAUAUAGGCUACAUCAACCUCCUUGUCGCAAACUCCGGUAUCUACGGUCCACCGUCAAGUUUCAUGCCCGGCUCAAGCGUCAAAGAACUGAGGGAGCAUAUGUUCGAGAACACAUCUAUGGAAGACUUCACGCGGACCUUCCACGUCAACACUACCGCGACGUACUUUACCAUGCUGGCUUUUCUCGAACUAUUGGAUGCAGGAAACAAGAAUGCCAUAGCCGGGGGGUUUGGUAGACCGUUGAAAGAAGGUAGCAAAGUACCGAGUAUACAGUCACAGGUCAUUUUCACGUCCAGUGUAGGCGCUUUCCUGCGUGAGUGGCAAUGCGCGCCAGCAUACGCGGGGAGUAAAGCAGCAAUUAUGCAUUUGGUAAAACAUGCCAGUACGGGGCUUGCGCCGCAUGGUAUCAGAGUCAACGCUCUAGCGCCUGGAUUCUUCCCAUCUGAGAUGGCCAAUGCAAUUAUCGAACGCAGAGACCCCAGUACAGAGAGCGUCGACGAUGCGAACUUCAUUCCCGCACGAAGGUUUGGCGGAGAGGAGGAGAUGGGUGGGACGGUGUUGUAUCUUGCGAGUCGGGCGGGGAGCUUUUGCAAUGGGUUGGUGCUUGUUAAUGAUGGGGGGAGGUUGGGUGUUACGACGAGCACUUAUUGA